ACUUAGGUCACUGACAUUACGAAACGAAUUCUUGAUGGUCGAUGGUUGAAAACGUUUAGCCGAAAUAAUUAAUUUAUUUAAAUGAAAAUGUCUUCGUUCUUGCAUUUAAACAUGCAAGAGUAUACUUACAAACAAAACGACAGUGAAAUGAGUAAAUUAUGUAUUUGCUGCGCUUCACAAAGUCCCGUUUUAAUCAACAUGAGUACAUGUAAACACACAGGAUUUUUGACUAAUUAUUUAAAAUUAGAGCUCGACCUGAAAAAGAUGUACAUGUGUAAUCUAUGUCAUAAUCUCCUGAAAAAAAUAGAAUUAUUUAAACAACAAGUUGAGGAAAGUUUUGCUUUACUUCUGGAUCAGGCUCCAAUACUAAAAAUAAAUAAAGUACAUAACCUAUUAAUCUCGCCGCUGGCAUUUACGACCAAUUUACCCGAUGUAGAAGUUGAAACAGAGAUCAAAAUAGAACCAAUAAACGAAAAUAUUUCGGAAUCGGAGGAACUUAAAAACGAAAUUGAAUCGUCCGAUAACGACACUGAAAUACCUUUAGCAGUUUUAAAAAAUAACAAAAGAAAAAGAAAGAAAGAUGUGCGAUACGAAGGAAAGAUUAAGACUGUGUUUUUAAGCGAAGAUGAUUUAAGGAUUGAGCGGGAAAAGAUGGCUGCCAAAGAGAAUUAUUUGAAACUGCCCUACAAGUGUGAACUUUGUAUUGUCGCGUUUGAUCAUGAAUUAACACUGCAAAGUCACAAUGAGGGGAGACAUAAGAAGGUUAAAAAUGGUUUCGAGUGUAAUGUCUGUAAGUCUACGCUAAGUACGAAAUUUUCAUACAAGGAACACGUUCAGAGACAUUAUAGAAGACUCGAGUGCUUGGUAUGCCAUAAGCGAUACAACCACAUGAGCUCAGCUAUCCAGCAUUAUACUGAACAACAUUCAACUGAUGAUACACUGUACUCUUGCAGAAAGUGUGAGUUUACUACAAGUUCCAACCGCGCCUAUCGUUAUCAUAUGGACAAGCAUAAGGAGAAACCGUCUUGCAGUAUAUGUGGCAACCAAUUUGUGAACAGUAAUGGAUUGAAGGUCCAUAUGUUUACAGUACAUCAACAAUCGUCUCGAAAAUACAAAUGUGAAGAGUGUAACAAGCAAUAUAAAGCUCGGUCGGGACUCGAAGCCCACCAGAAGUCGGCUCACGCUACACCGGAUACAAGAGCAUUCUGCGUUGUAUGCAAAACUUAUUACAGAAACCGGCAAAGUUUGGUACAUCAUAUGAAUACACAUUCUAAACACGUCGGCGAGGGUGAUAAGCGAUUCAUUUGCGAUGAAUGCGGUGCGAAAUUUUUAACGAAAAGCAGUUUGCAAGUACACAUAAAUUGGGAGCAUUUGAAAAUACAUACACAUAGUUGCACUAAAUGUACUAAGGUAUUCAAGAACAAUUACUUGUUGAAUCGACACGUGUCCUUUGUGCAUAACAAGAAAAGACCGCCGAGGAAUAAAAUAUGUGAUUAUUGUGGGAGAGCGUUCACUACUCAAACGAUUCUACGAUCUCAUAUAAGGACGCACACGGGUGAACGACCUCUUCAAUGUACUCAUUGCACAGCGACAUUCGCCCAUCCCGCCGCCUUGUAUACGCACAAUAAAUUACUGCAUUCUGGAAAUAAAUAGAAAUAUUUGCCACCAACCCCUUUUUGUGGGAACAACUGGAAAGACGAAGACCGGGUGACAAGAGCCUCAAGAAUGGGAGAGCCAUCAGCCAUGACUCGGCACGAAUGGGUCGGCUCGAUCGAAGUGAUACCACGGCCUCACAGUAAACCGUUGUGUAACAACCACAGCGUUGUGUUUCGCCGUGUGAGUGAGGUUACGAAAGCCGCCCCAUCAUCAAUCUUCAAAUUCCCUAUCCUUUUAUUUAGUGCGGGGAAAUAUUUCUCCCGCCUAGACUAAAAACACUCCCGUUCCUUCUCCUGCUCUAGCUUCGCUCGGGGCCAUAUUAUCCUUCUGACCCCGGCCUUAUCCUUAAAUUCCUAAUGACCCACAAGAGGCCGACAACGCAUUUGUAGUGGCGCCGAUUUCUUAUCAUCAGACAAUCCGUCUGCUCGUUUGCCGAGAUCUUCUAUAAAAAUAGUGCUCUCUGGUAACCUGAUCUUUCUUAAACUGCGAUCUCCCGAAUACCAAGUGUCCGAUUCCCUCUUACGCUGUGGUGGCUCGUCUACGUAAUACAUUCUUUAAGACGAUGGUGAGGCCUUGUAUGUAAAUAUAAGAUUGAUAUAAAAAAAAAAUACAUAAAUUUUGACUAAAUAGAGGGCGUUGCUGUCGAUUUAUGCCUUAUCGAUCUAAAAGCUGUAUUAUUUGAAGAUUA